ACAGACGUAAAUGCCCUUACCAAAAUGCAAACGCAAAUGGCAUCCUGGGACUCAGCUAAACAAAAAGUUCAGCCUCCGGUUUCAAGCAUGAGAAACUAACCGUCUAGAGGAAAAAAAAAUGGCGGAUUCCUUUUCAUCUUUUCCCCAACCCUCACUCUCGGAUCAACCUUCGGCCCCGGUCCAAUCUCCUGCUCAUUUCCAGGUUGCGCCUCCAGCUUGGCCCUCGGCUCCGUCGUUUACUAGGCCUCAAGAACCCUUGAUGCAUAAGAAUCGUUUACAGGAGUUUACUCAAAGAUCAUCCAUACCACUCCCAGUGUAUCAAACCUUUAAUGAAGGGUCUCUGCAUGCUCCAAAGUUCAGGUCAACUGUAUUAGUUGAUGGUAUAAGUUAUACUUCUGUGGGCACCUUUUCACAUAGAAAAGCAGCUGAACAAGAUGUUGCCAAAUAUGCUCUGGAGUGUAUCUCAAAGAAGUUAAAAGAUGAAGGCUGUCCUCUCAUUCGUGAGGAUACAGUAUUUUGCAAGUCUAUCUUGAAUGAAUUUGCAGUCAAGAUGAAUCUGAAAAUGCCAACCUACAAUACCAUUCAGUCAAAAGGAUUGCUUCCCCUUUUCAUGUCCUCUUUGGUUUUCAAUGGUGUGACUUAUAGUGGAGAAACUGGUAGGAAUAAGAAAGAGGCUGAACAAUUAGCUGCACGUGCUGUUAUCCUCUCUCUUCUUGAUGAUCCUAGGUAUGGAACAUUUCUUUCGGAGAUAAUCAAGUCUAAAUCUAAGCUGUAUGUUGCUUUGAAUAAAGUCAAGGAUUCAAGCAUUUUCCAUCUUGGCACUACACUUUCCGGAUCAAACACAUUGAUCCAUAACAAUAAAGAGGUUGAAACUGCUGCAGUCAGUAACAGUGAGCCAAGUAGUGCAUCUCUAUGGCAAAGCGCAGGAGCAGAACAUCCUCACCAUGAAUUCAAGAUUCCAAAAUCAGAACAAGGUCCUGAAUGCCUUGAUCUUCCAAUUGCUUUUGUGCCUCCAGCGAUUGAACAGGCUUCAGGAGUUGGUGAAAACUCUUCAAGAAAGCGACGUCGGAAGAAGAGGGCUAAACUGGACACUGAUACUCAGUAAGUUUUGGUUUUCCAUUCAAUGUUCUGGCCUGUUCUCAUAUUGUCUUUCUAAAACACUUCCCCGAAUGUCAGUUGAUGAGCUUUGUCGUCCUUUCAUAGAUGAAAGCAAUAAUUAUUUUAAUUUAAUUUGCAUUAGUCACUUAGAUGAGUGAUGCUACUGUUUAUAGUUCUGUUAUCCACAAAGUUGUUACACCAUGAUUGGCUUUCCCUCCCUUUAAAGACUGAUGUGUUCUGUGUUUGUGCAAGCAUCGGUGGUCAUUGUAUAUUAGUUUAUGUCUGCAUUCAUCACUUUUCUCUUUUUUACUUUUAAUUUUUUUUGGAUCAGAUUAGUCAGUUCUUUCUGUUCCCUUUUGAUUUUCUUCUUUUCCUUUCUUUUUUUUUCCCUGAAGGAAGAGGUGGGGAGGGGAUUUCGGGAUGUCAAGCAGAAGUUUAUCUAUGUUU